AGUCAAUCUGGCAUUUGAGAGCGGCCAUAUUGAAUGUGCUUGAAGACGUCGGUCGGUGAAGGCAGCAAGCGAGAGCAUUCUCUGCUCUAAGCCACGCCAUAUUUACCAAUUUCUCUUUUCACGAACAGUCUUGAUUGUCAGCUGUUUGUUGGAUUUAUAUCAAUAUGACGGCGCACGAUCAAAUCAGGGCUAUGCUCGAUGAGCUGAUGGGUACUACACGUGAUGGCGAUAGUGACCGGUACCGAGUGAGGUUUGAUGACCCUCGGGUAUGUAAGAGCUUCCUUCUCAGCUGUUGCCCUCAUGAUAUUCUGGCUAGCACGCGAAUGGACUUGGGUGAAUGCCCCAAUGUACAUGACUUGGCCCUGCGAGCGGACUAUGAGCUGGCUGCUAAAACCAAGGAUUAUUUCUAUGACAUUGAUGCGAUGGAACACCUUCAGAGCUUCAUUUCUGACUGUGACAGAAAGACUGAAGUGGCCAAACGCCGACUGAAGGAAACUCAAGAGGAACUGAGUGAAGAGGCAAACUCAAAGGCAGAACAGAUCCACAGUCUGGGCGAACAGAUUGGAACGUUGAUGGCUAAAGCUGAGGAGGUUGGAGCUGCUGGUGAAGUGGAAGAGUCCAUGAAGAUGUUGGAAGAAGUUGAGGCUUUGAAAGGAAAAAAGAGUCAAGCCGAGACUGAGUUCAGGAACUCCAUGCCAGCGUCCAGCUACCAGCAGCAGAAACUCCGAGUGUGUGAAGUGUGUGGGGCUUACCUUGGCAUCCACGACAACGAUCGCCGUUUGGCUGAUCACUUUGGAGGCAAACUGCAUCUUGGGUUCAUCACCAUUCGGGAAAAGCUGGACCAAUUGAAGACUUUGGUGACAGAGAGAAGAGCUCAGAGGGAGGCCCAGAGAGAGGAAAUGAGGCAGAGAAGGGAAAUGGACGGUGGUGAUGGUGAUCGGAACCGAGGUGGUGCCAUGGCUGGUGGCAGCAGAAGCCCGAGCCGAGGUUAUGAUCGCGGAGAUGCAGAUAGGAGCACAAGAGAUCGCAGCCGAGACAGAGAUCGAGAGAGAGACAGGAGGAGGUCACGCAGCCGAGACAGGCACAGGAGGAGGAGGAGCUCACGGUCACGAGAGCGAGGUUCACGCAAGAGGUCCAAGAGGAGUCGAUCCCGGUCUCGUAGAUCCAGAUCUACAUCGAGAGGAAGCCGGCACAGACGCUCGCGGUCUCGUAGUCAUUCUCGCCGCAAACACCGCAGGAGGUCCCAUUCAGGCAGUCGCCCAAGAAAUGGACAGAGGUCAAGGUCCAAGUCUCGCUCUGCUGAGAGGAGUGGUCGAGGCCAGGAGUCGCAGGCCUAUGAGGAAUCUGCUGAUUGAUCUGGUCAUGUGUGGGAAGAGCGUAUGAGAAGCGGCUGGUGUUGUGUAGUAUGCAA